UCUCUCUCUCUCUCUCUCUCUCUCUCUCUCUUCCUUGUUCGAGAGGGAAAAAGCGGCUAGAUCGAUAGGCCAGCUGGUGUGCGUGGCCAGCGUUUUCGCCAACGAGUACGGUGUCGCUGCGCGGGGUGCGGUCCAGGAUGGUGAAGGCACCGAGCGUAGGACCCGCCGGUGGCCCGGCGGGCAUCAGGAGGAUCCACCCGGGCCCUGAGAUCGCCAUAAACCCGCGGAACCUACCCACCGUCUCCGCGAACAUGACGCCCAUGCGGGGUGAUGCCAAUGCGAUCGGCAGAACGACACCAGUCUAUCAUCCUCAGGUGGACGUCUCCACGCAGGUAGACCUCCACGGCGGUUUCGUCGGCCCCAUAAACGUCGUCGACUGGGACCGUCGCGCGACUCCCUUGUACUCGCGCGAGGACAUUAAGGAGCAGUAUUGCAUCACCAGCCGGCAGCUGGACGCCGUGGAGAAGUCCGGCGGCGGCUUCUUCGGCUGCCUGUCGACGAGGGGCCCGUCGCCGUGCAGCUCCACCAGAAACUCCAUCCUGUCGGCGUGCGUGCGUAGCGUGCCCAGCGACGAGAACCUGUGCGACGCGCCUUAUCCACGAAGACCCCUUCAGAUCAUGUAUCGCCAACCGCGUGGCUACGUCUUCGAGGAUGAAGCGGACUGGAUCGACAGUUCCUACUUUAGGCCGCGCCCCAAGUUUUGCACCGUGCCCGAUCCGAAGAGAUACACCUGGCUGCCGGAAGACGAGGAGUCCAUGAGGCUGGAAGGACCGCGGCCGGUGCUGCCGGCCGUGCCUCCUCCUCCUCCUCCCAGUGCGAUGACCACGACGACGCAGGGGUCGCAGCAGCAGGCUCCGAAGACGAAGCACGUGAGCUUCGCGAGGUCGCACACACUCACGUCGUUCGAAGUACCGAGAAGCAGAAGUCCUCCGGAACGUCUCAUAGACUCGCAGCCGACAAUGCAGAACACUAUACUGCCUUCGUCCUUGCCCUUGGUGCAUCCUUACCCUGGCGUCGAGCCACGUGUUCUUGUGCUCGAGAAACCACCUAAGCGCGGCGCGAUGAAGACGCAGGCGACGCAGACGGAGAUCCCGGCGAUGUUUCGCGGCCGCGUGCUUCCGGUGACACUCAGCCCGAGGACCAUUCAUCGUGUCAAGAUGGUCUCGCAGGGCGCGCAGACGAACGGCAUGUUCAACGGCAGAAAAUUGACCAAAAGUUACUCGGAAGCCGGACAAUUAGGAACGCCGCUCGGCGGCGGCCAAGUUGGCGCGCCGACCAAAGAGGAAGUCGAGCACGAGCCGCUCCAUAGAACCCAAAGCGAGGAGCCACCGAGGUCGCCUUUCCUCGUUUCGACGACACCACCUCCGCUGCUGCUUCCUUCCACCGCCGUCACCGCCGCCACCACUGUCACCACCACGGUCGUCGUUGAAGCCUUACCGAAUGGGGAUAUCGUGAUUCCUUCCUGCGUUAUCCCUCUGGGGCAUCGUAAAUCUCUUGAUUUAGACGACCAGGAGAUCUUCAUAAAUUUCAAGCCGGCUCCAGUGUCGCCGGAUGCUCGGGCGCUCCUCAGCCGGAUUUCCGAGCCCACCCGUAGGCUUCUUCCUCUGCAGAAGACAUUCUCCGACGGCGAGAUCCGCGUAGAGAGACGCGAGCUCAUCGGGGAGACCGGUGAGCCGAGUUACCCGCACACCUGCAGAAGGAAUCAUCAGGAUCCUUGGGGCAGGACUGUCAGAGCACCCGUCCAAUUUUCCUCGACACCCGAGGAUCUGUCCUUGCUACGAAUCGCCUCGCCCCAUGAGGAUCAUCACGAGGAGGAGUUCCACGAAAAUCUCAUACGUCGCGGUCUCUUCCGGAAGAGAAGCGUGUCUCUCGAGGACGGCGUGCAGGGUCUGUCGUCGGACGACUUUAUGCUCCCCAGGUCGCUACCAACUUCGCCCACGUCGCCGACCGCAGCGGCGGCACCACGCAGGAUCUCGCAGAGCCCGAAGGACGACUCGUUGCCGAGCGGCGCGUUGCUGCACACCACGUUCUGUCCGCCCGGGUUCAGCGCAGUCAUCGGCGGCACCAGCAUCAUCGGCCAGGUGACUUCUCCGUUCGCAUCGAGCGACUCCCUGACGAACGACGUGACGAGGGACCACAGCGACGGGAUCUGGAACGAGUCGCAGGCGACGGUGCUCCAAGCCGACUCCUUGGCUCUGCUAACGCCGUCCUCGAGGAGGAGACAUCUGCUGCUGCUGCAGCAUCAGCAACGCUCGUCGAUGGAUACCGAGGCGUUGGACGUGGAGGACGAGGUGGAGCCUUGCCCGCCGAGCCCGAGGAUACGCUUGGAGCCUGCCACUCCGGUGCAGCCCCUCACACCGAGACGCGCAUACAGAAUACAAGAUCUGUUGCCGCCCGAGUUUCAGCAAAUUUACUACAAUGAUGUAUCCGCAACAGCACGUUUUUACGCGUACGAUAUUAUCGAAUCGUCCAUUUCCGCGAGCAACGGCCGGCCGAGAAGCGGAUUACGCCGCGCGAGUCCGGCUCCGCCACUGUCUCAGCCCCAGUCACAAUCGUCGAGUGAGUUCGGUUUGAGUCUAGCAAGAACCGACUCAGGCGGCCGCACAAACACCGAUCUCUCCGAGACCUCCGAAGAUUACGUCACUGCCAACACUUCUACGGAAACCGGGACCACCACAGGUACGUCCGCCACGACCAGCUCUUGGUCGAGACCACCGCAGACGUCCAGCGCCGCGGCAUCGGCUCCGGCCUCGACCACCGCGACCGCCGCGGAAGGCAGCUCCUUCGAAAGUGCCAGCUCGAUCUACAGCUUGGCGAGGAGCGAGGCCGUCGUCGAGGAGCCGUGCAGCCCGCCGCCAAUUUUAGAGGAGACGGAGAUCGCGUUUGGGCUGGAGAUACCUCCGUCGGCGAUGAGAUCCAGCAGCAGUAGCAGUUCGGGUAGCUACGACCUCAAGGACGCGAUGGCCGACCCUAAUCACGAGCUGGAGCAAGUUGCUCCGGCCAGCGGUCACACCUCGGAGACUGAGUUGGACCGAGACGAGGGUCACCGCUCGUCGUCCGGCGGCUACGCCGAGUCGCCGCCCGAUGUUCGCAUGUGGAGCGAGGAGGAGCGUCGUCGCAGGAAGAAGACCUUCAGCCUGGACUUCCUCGGGACCACGAACAACGUCGAGGUGGAACACAGCGCGGAGUCGGCGUAUCCCGAGAACGUGGAGGUCAGCCCGACACCCAGCCACCGGCACCGGUCGAGAAGCAAGCCGGCGUCGGCUCGAAGCCCUCAUCGGAACAACAGGAAACGGGAGCCUGCGUCGCAACAAUCGGCUCAGCAGCAGCAGCAGCAGCAGCAGCAGCAGCAACAGCAGCAGCAGCAGCUGCAGCAGCAGCAGCAGCAGCAGCAGCAGCAGCAGCAGACCUCAGCGCUCAGCCGCAGUCCUCAGAAGGAGGAGUGGAGGGUGGAGCAGGCUGAGGACGGUCCGCACGCGCCGACGUCCGACGACUCGAGCUGCAGUCAUCACUACCACAUGCAUCAUCAUCACCACCAUCACAUGCAUCGCGAGGGUGCAGACAGCGCGAGACACCGCCGCACCCGGGAGAGUCCGCGGAGGAAGACAAGCGGUUACAUCUCCACCAGGAGACGCAGCAACGAGGACAAGAACGCAGCGAUAACCGGCAGCCUGCCGCGAAGGAGGUCUCGCGUCGCGGACGACAUCGUAUGCUCCAGUCGCCUGAGUCCCGGCCGUUAUCAACGGAGUCCCGGCCACAAUGGCCAGCGGGCGGUCGUCAUGGAGACGCAGAGUCCGGAGGCGAGACUGAAGGCCCUGUCGGCGGAGUCCUUGAGGUCCGUCAGCCCGGGCAGCGACAGCGUGUUCUACAGCGAGAGCGCCGAUCAACCGUGCGUCGCUGCCACCGCUUUGGACGCCGCGCACUGCCACCAUUGCGGCAGAGAGGUGUCGGAAGAGAUCGUUCGACCACCGGCAGGUUUCGCGGACUCGCCGGAGGGACACAGGACGUCCUCCAAGCACGUCGCGGGACACCGGUUGUACAAAAAGUUCGACAAGAGGUACAGAUCGGAAGACCGCGGCGACAGACGACACCGUCGCAGCAGCGCCGGCAGAUCGGACAUCCGGGCGAAGUCGGAGGAAAGAGCCACCUCCCGAUCGGGAAGCAGAGGUUCGAUCGACGACACCGCCAGCGGCAGGAAGAGGCUGCAAGCUCGAAGCACCGACGCCAGCAUGGAGAUUCUCACGGGCAGGGAAGACGAGGACACCUACGUGGAGCCGUACACGAGCAGCGAAUGGAUUUACAUCGGUGAUCUCGAGGAGAGCCACGUGUGGAAGAGACCGGACAGCAGAGACGAUGACGACGACAUCACGGAGGGUGGCUUUAAAGAGCGACGGGAUUCGCAGGAAUCCACGGAGAGCGAGAAGAAUUUCGAGAAGAAAUACCAGGCGGCCACGCACAGGAUGGUGCACCGAAAAAGCAGCGGCGAGAUGUACAAGAGGAUACAAACCAAAUGCUUCGAGAGCGACAAGAGGGUGAUCGUGAAGCGGGAAGCCGGCGGUGAAUUUGGAUUCCGUAUCCACGGCUCCAAGCCGGUUGUGGUCUCCGCGAUCGAACCGGACACGCCCGCGGAGAGCUCCGGGCUCGAGGUAGGCGACAUCAUCAUGUCGGUGAACGGCAGAAGCGUCAUGGACGCCAUGCACUCGGAGGUGGUGAGACUGGCGCACUCCGGCACGGACAUCCUGGAGCUGGAAGUGGCGAGGACUUGCAACGUGCUGGCGCCGCGUGUCGCGCGCGCAGGAGCGAAGGAGAGCGCGGAAGAGGCGCCCCUGUGCUCCGGCUACCUGUGGAGGAGGUCCGCCACGUCCAGCGCGGAUAAGUGGGUUCGCAGGUGGUUCGCCCUUCGUCGUGACAACUGCCUGUACUGCUAUAAGACUGACUCGGACUCGCAACCGGUGGGGGCGGUGAUGCUCCUCAAGUACGACGUGGAGCAGACGCCUGAAUUGAGGGUGAACAGCUUCGCGAUAAAGAAGCAAGGUGCUCCGACGCUACGACUGGCGGCCGAUACCGAAGAAGCGAUGGCCCGCUGGAUUACGGUCAUACGCGAAGCCGUUGAGAGGAACAAUCAGAUCGACACUUGGCUGGACUCCUCGAUGAGAAUGAGGGAGAUGGCCGCGUGCGCUGUUCAGAGGCCGGACUGUUUCGGUUAUUUGAGCAAGCAGCAAGAACACGCACGAAAAACUUCCUCGCCCACCGGUUGGUCCCGGCGGUAUUGCGUGCUGAAGGACGCCGCGCUAUACUUCUACGACGACGCCAACGCCGAGAAGGCAUUCGGCGUGGCGUGUCUGCACGGCUUCAGGGUGCACAGCAGUGCGUCUAGUUCAGGCGGCAGGAAGCACGCUUUCGAGCUGCAACCGCCGGACCCCACGCAAAGAAGCUAUAUCUUCGCUACCGAGUCGGAGAUGGAUAAGAAACGGUGGUUGGCCGCCCUUGAAUAUUCGAUCGAUCGAUGGAUAAAGAUAGGUUGAUGCGAAAGAAUCCGCCCUACGAUGAAUCCAACGAGUCGCAGCAGCGAAGAUCGUCGUCCAAGGAAAUCCUCGUCCGUACCCUUUUCCGGUUCCUAACCGCGUCUCCGCGAAUCGUCCGCGACGUUCGCCGGAUAUAAUCGUCGCUCCGUUACCCGGACGAUAUCGCCAAAACUCGUGGAUGUCGCCAAAACAUUAUCAUUUCAACGACAUUAUUGAGUCUCAUCGUCAUCAUUGAUCAUCAUUGUAGCUGCUGAUUAACAGUGACGCUGAGUAAAGGAAAAAUUGUUCAAAUAAAAGAAAACAGUCAACGCUGAAAACGCUGCUAAUUUGUGUCUCAUUUUCGUGCAAUCGCCACAAUCGUCGUCGUCAUCGUCGUCGUCGUCGUCGUCGUCAUGUCGUCGGAAUUGUUCAUCAGCAGUAAUACGAUCGAUUCCAUCGAGCAGAGUCAUUGAAAAGCGGUAGCACAUCACACCGGUGAAUUCGGCGUUUUCAACGCCGACGCGCGAAAGACGAGCGAGCUUCUCUGCCGCGCCGUCGCGAAAACGCGCCUCCGCAUCUCGCUCGCCGAGAUCGCGCCGCGACUCGGUUUCGCGAUCGGACUUUGCGACUCGUCGCGCGUCGAGCUUUCAACCCGAUCAGUCCCAUCCGUCAUGCGCUCAUCGCACACUCCAUCGUCGACACGGCGACGCGCCAGCAACUCUGAUCAAAAAGCGAAAGCUUGUACGCGAACUAACGAGUAAUUACGCGCGAAAGCACGAAAGCGAAACCCAUUCGGUACAGAGUACACUGCUGUUCUCGCGACGAUCGUCGAGACGUAGGCUCGAGAAGUCGUGCCAAAGUCGUUUGUCGCUGAAACUCUACACGCACACGAGGACGACUCUGCGGGCGCGGAAGAGUGUCUUUAGGAGCGAGACGAAGUUCGCAUCUCAAAGAUGUUUAACCGUGACGGCGGUGAGCGGCAGGCGGGAGAGGAACAUUUCGUGCGAAACGCAUGCGGUACGUGCAUGCGGUGUAGUAGCCCAAUAGUUGUGCGUAUGCGGCACACAUGUGCACGUGGAAUUACUAUACAACUAUACACGUCGCUAAUUCUUACCGAAAACGCCAAAUAUUUGUAAAGAAAUUUCGAAUAUAUCGCGCGAAUAUAUUCAGUCGAGACGCGAGUCGCGUGCGUGCGUGCGUGCGUGCGUGCUGUAGGUUGUGAGUAAACUCGUGCAUGCGUCACCUGUGCGGUAGAAAGUGAAGAUACCAUUGGUACACCGAGGAGUUUCUGUCGAAAAUCUCAUCGCAUUCUCGCGCGGGCGCGCGCGCGCGCGCGAGGAUGCUGGCGUACAUUGUAGAGAGGAGACAGACAGACAGAAAAUCGUACACCGGCGCAUCAGGUUCGGACUGAUCCUGUCCGCUUCUACCGGCAUAUACGGGGUGUCCCGGAAUUGUCUGGCGCAUAUUCGACGGAGGGUCGUUGCGGAAGCUGUGUGAAUAGCUCGAUUCAAAGGCUCUUUAUACUUUCAGAGAAUCUACCUGGGAGAAUUUUUGACUCGCGACGCGCGAGAGGGUCGUCGUUGAGAUAUGCACGGAUAAUUCAGAGACACAUCCCGUCGUCGCACAUUUUCAGGCACACUUCUCACUUUUCAACUUUCUUCGGACAAUAUAUAUAGCACAGACAAAUUAUACAAGCCCGUUUCCUCUCUUACGUAUGUUUCUACCGGAGCGUGUUUAUUCUCUCGUGCGUUGAUUGAGAAAAAUCUCGGGAAUUGAUGCGAAAUGAGACGGCUGGAUUCUCCACGUGUCGCAGCGAGACAGAAUCGACGGAUGAUGUAGAGGAUCGAGAGGACAAAGCGCGCUGAAUUUAAUAGCGUCUUCGACGAGCGCGCGACCGUCGCAAACACGAAGAGGGAGCGAAGAGAGAAAAACAGGAAGGAGACGCAGGCGCGAGGAACAAGGCAUAUACCGACGAUAUUGUCGUUAGGAAGUACAUUGUUUCACGGUCGACGCGUCGACUAGGGUUUUAUUAGAGAACGACGCGCGUUCCAAACGAAAGCUUGUGUGUCAAACUGAAUGGAGCCUGGUCAAACGCUCAAGAAAUCUCAGAUAAUAAAAUAGAAGAUUUAAUACAA